UUCCAGUAAACUUGGAAACCGAUCAUGUCUGGGAAACCCAAACUUUACUAUUUCAAUGGAAGGGGCAGAAUGGAGUCAGUCAGGUGGCUGUUGGCUGCAGCAGGUGUAGAGUUUGAAGAGGAAUUACUUGAAACAAGAGAACAAUAUGACAAAUUACUUAAUGAUGGAUCUUUGCUGUUCCAGCAAGUCCCAAUGGUGGAAAUCGAUGGGAUAAAGUUAGUACAGACUAAAGCCAUUUUGCACUACAUUGCUGGAAAAUACAACCUGUACGGGAAGGACCUGAAGGAGAGAGCAUAUAUUGACAUGUAUGUGGAAGGAACCGCAGAUGUUAUGGCACCGAUUAUAGGUCUCGCCUUUCUGCCUGAAGCUGACAAGGGAAAACAGAGGGACCUCAUAAAAGACAAAACAAUAAACCGGUAUUUCCCUGUUUAUGAAAAUCUAUUAAAAGAUCAGGAUUACUUGGUUGGCAAUCAGUUAAGUUGGGCGGACAUACAUCUCCUGGAGGCCAUACUAAUGGUGGAGGAAUUGUACAGUGACGUCUUACCUUUGUUCCCUCGACUUCAGGCAUUCAAAGAAAGAACAAGUGAGAUUCCGACGAUUAAGAAAUUUCUCCAGCCAGGAAGUCAAAGGAAAUCUAAACCUGAUGAAAAAUACGUAACAACUGUAAAGACCAUUCUUCGCUUCUGAUUCACAUAAAAAUAGAAUACAGAAUAUUGGUUUCACUAGGGGACCAACAUGUGUAUUGUUAUAUACGGUAUACACAAUAAAAUAGUCUAUUAA